UCUGGAGAAAUGUCAGUGUGUGGCAGGUCGGCGAUUACAACAGACGUUGAUCUGCUCGCCUUAGACAAUCGGUAGGUGCUGCUCGUGGACUAGUGGUAUUGGCGAAACCAGUUCCAGCCUAUUUACCUUGCAAAUCUGCAAUCUCGGUUUUCUGCUUCUUCGAAUGAGUCUUGAACGUCCGCAUAGUCGAGCAUCAUCUGGAACUAGGGGUCCGCCACCUACGCCUCCACCGACCUACCUGUGGGAGGAAGUGCGACGGAGCAAAUGUCGAGGAGGCUACCCUUGGACUAUCCUGUAUAAGCCUCCCCUUCCGGACUCUCUUGACAUCGAAUCACUUCUAAAAGGAGAGGUGUCGAACGACAGAUUGGUGGAUGAAGAAUUCAAAGGAGAUUCGGCAUACGGCACUAGCAGGCGAACACAAAUCCGUAAUCGACUAAGAGACCGAGAGCGAAAUAGGAGAGCAAGAAGCGAGCCCACCCCGAGCUUACCGAGCAGCAAUUCCGUUUCCCUGUUAGAAACCAUGGAUCAAGCCAUGGCUGUUGAUUCCUCAGGGCAACAGGAAGAGCUGGAGGACUUUCCGCUACCCGAUGAAGACAUACCAGACUUUGUAAUGGCUUACUUGCAGUCUGAUAAAGGCAACUUGGACGAAGAUAUUCCUGAUCACAUUCUGGAAUACAUCCAGAGCCGUGCGGCUAUUUUGGAAAGAAAUCAACUGCAGCCGAAAGCAACCGAUGACAUUUUUUACACGCAAGAUGAAUUGCGGAUAAUUGACGAGGCACGGAAAAGACUUGAAGAACAAGGAGAGUUGGACGUUGACCCUUCGGCAACCAUUGACGACGACAUGAAUGCCUUUGACCAUUUUUUCCAACGUACGACAGGGGCACAGGAUGCAUUAGCACCUUCUCAAGAAAGGUCAAAUGAAACGGAUUAUCAAGAGGCUAGAGCACCCAAUUCAGCGGUGCCUGAAUCGGAGAACAAGAAAACCAAGAAGGGCGGAAAAUUCAACUUCUCAAAUAUAGGUAUGCCGAAUAAACCUCAUUUAAACAUAAAGUUGCCUAAGUUUGGACCCGGCAGGAAGAAAGUCAAGGGAACUAACGAUGUGGACUUAGAAGAUCAGGAGCCUGAAGCCACAUCGGCAGAACCAAAUAAAAAAUGCAAACCUCGGCGACCACAUAGUUCCAGCCCAAUGAGGCAAAAGAUUAACCAACAAUUGGAAAGCUGGAACAACAGUCUUAAAAAAUUCAAAGCAUCAAGAAGUGGUCGUAACAACGCCGAUGGGCAAAUCAAAAGUUUUGUCGCUCUCCUACCGGGACGUUCGUUAAAACACAAUAAAUCAAAACAGCCGGAGAAUCAAUACGAGGAGGUUGGACCGCCACGCUCGGAUCCAGCUGCACCAAAAACCACUGACGGUGAUGAUCCUGUCCCACCUACUGCACAAGUAAAUGUCGGUUUGAAGGCCACCGUCGAUAGUGCUGAAGAAUUAGCAAGGCUUUCGCCCUCUCAAGAGAAUAACGAGGCCGAAGAAACCAUGGAUGAUAUCGAAAACCUACCGGAAUCAGAAGAAGCCGAUUUGACGAGGGAUGGUAUCAUCGUGGACAGAGAGGUAGUGGACGUCAUCGUGACCCGUGGAGAAUUCGUUGAUAUAGACAUCGACGAAGAUUUUGAAGAUGACGAUGAAGGCGUGGAUGGUCAAACGGAAAUCGAGCAGGUCGCGCAAGACGAUAAAAAUGUAGCUGCAGAGCCCACAGGUUUUGCUGCACGUAGUAGGAAAGCUUUUGAGCUGACAAAGUCAAAGAUUCAAACAAGCUUGUCUAAAGAACAACUGCAGGCCACUCGGAAUAAGCUGCAAUCAACUCUUUCAAAGCAGAACCUCCAAGCGACUCGCCAAAAAGUGCAAUCAAGCUUAUCGAAGCGCAACCUGCAAGCCACUCGCGAAAAACUGCAAUCUACUCUUUCAAAGGAGAAUUUCCAAGCGACUCGCGACAAACUUCAAACCUCACUCAAUAGUACACUGAAGAGGAAAAAGAACAAGAACGUGGAGUCAACAGCUCAACCGAUCCCUCAAGAUAACAUUUUCCCCACCUUUCCGCAGGAAGCCGAGAGAGAUUACGAAACCUCGACACCUGUUGAAAGGAAAACGAAGGAUUCAGUACGACGUAAAAGCAUGCCCGAUGAAGAAUCCGUUACAAACGACAAUCCUCCGAUUGUUAAACAGAGAACUAAGAAAACUGUUCAGCUAGUUGAAAAGUCUGCCGUUCAGUCUAGUCAAGCCAACGAGUGCGAAAACAUUGAAGAGGAGACAGAAGAAGAUCUGGAAGAAGAGCUGGAGCCCAAACUAGAGUUCUCAUUGCAUGGCUCGGAUAGGCCGCAACCAUCUUCCGUAAGCCAGUCAACAGAAACGCUUCCUGAGGAUGAUGCGGAAUCGGACAAAGAGAACGUGGUGGUUCGUCCAAAACGGCAACGCUAUCGCAAUCGUCGUCAUGGGUUCCAUGAAGAAUUCGAACGCCCAAAAAGCGCUCACGUCGAGUCUAAUACUAGGUCUUCCUGGGUAGAAAAAACGAAUGCCUAUCCUACCAUUAGCCAAGAGAUGCUAUCGGCCUUUUGCGCUCCUGUCAACUCUUUGGAAGCUGUCGACAGUAGCUGGGGCUCCGGUCGCAAGCCGGACCGGCCUGCUCGAUCACGGUCUAGGAAGGAACUUGACGUGGCAUCGGAUGACCACGUGUACUCGAAUCUGCCUCCUCGGCGUAGUAAACGCGGCAAAAAAACUUGCCUCGAGUCUUCGAACGAGGACAAUUAUGUGAAAACGUGGCCACGCAAGGCGUUGUCAACUGACCGACCUGUCGUCCCGAAACGUGGCAAAUCGAAAUUAACCAAAAAGCCACUUUUCCCAGUGUGCAGCAACUAUCAGACGUGGCCAAGGCGCAUGAUGGUACACAGUCCUCCCACGGCUCCUAAACGUACUCGUUCCAGGAAGCAAAUAAACUGUGAAGACGUUUCUUGCAUUCGAGAUUUAGAAGAACAAAUCGAACAGUCUACUCAUCACAUCCUCAUUGACGCUGACACACUCUUUGGAGCCGAAUCGCGUUUCAUCGACGAAGAAGGGACCGAAACGGAACGAUCGGAAGCUGUCAACGAGCAGCAACCAUUAACCUCCGAUGAUUGCAAAUUAAAGUCUGAAAUCCCAAGCGAAUCGCAAUUAAAUAAUACACAAGCAAAAAUUCUUAGCAGCAACAAGAGCCCAAAACCAUCGGCUCCAAACAGGCGCAAGAAUAAUCAAACUGGCUCGCUGCGCAAAGCAAAACACGCCGUCGUAGUCAGUAACUACGGAGAAACUACAUGGCCGAGAAUGUCACGAACGUCACAGCCAUCAGCUCCACGACGCAGGAAGGAAAGUGUCAAGAAAUCAGGCAAAGCGGAAACUACGCUUCAUCUAGAUCUUGAGGAAACAUCAACAAAAUUACCCGCCGUUCCGGCGUCAACGCCGUCAGAAGACCACGACACCAAAGAACACGGAGACGUGGAGAGCGCUUCAUCUGUUCAAGCAGAUCUAGAUCAAAUACUGGAAAUAUUAGCGACCACUUUCCCUCAGGAAGCCAAUCCAAAGGAAGAGAACAGCGACAAUGUUAAAACGGAUAAACUAAUUGGAGAACCGACGACCGAUGCCGUCCAUCUUAACGACUCUGAUGACGUGCUUGAUGAGAAUCCGUAUGCGGAAAUUAAACAGUUCCAAAAGAGGACUCCUCCGCCACGACCCCCUCCACCCAUAUACGCGCCCACUAGCGCUUCCUCGUACUCUUACAUUUACACGGUUCCACGUCGAAAGAAAGCAAUCAGUACCAGCGUUUCCCCAGAAAGACCACCUCGGACAUACUGCACUAUUCGGCCACAUCGACCUCCAAGAAAACAAAGACCACGCACUCCAAACGAGCUCGCUUUCCAAUCAGCAGAUCACUCUCAAUCGAACCCCGUUAGGAGACACUCGUUUUCUGGAGUGGAUGAAGCUAAAGACGAAAGGAAUCUGCAGUCGGCUCCGGUCGUCGAACGGAUGCGAGCGCGACCCUUGCCAGCCCCUCCAAGAAUGAAGCGACACCGAAGUCGUAGUCCUCCACACAAGCCACCUCGAAGUCGUACAUCGUCUUUGAAACGCCCUAGUUCACACCAAACAACAGCUCCUUGCGCACCAAACGAGGAGACUGCGCCUUUGGAAAGAGAAACCGUCCAGCCAGUCAGCAGCGUCGAUGAAUAUGAGCCGAUUGAAAAUCCUGAUCAAGUAGAGGAAAUAUCAAUUGGUAUCCAAACCGAUCCACUACCCGAGUACGAAGAAUCCGUUGCUAUGGCUGAACCAAACGGAGCACAGCUUGAUGCGACACUCUCAUUCUCUGAAAUAAACAAUAACCGAUACGACCAUCACGAAGAAGUACACGCACCAGCUAAUGAUAGGCUCGUCCAUAGACAAGAUGUAACCGUCACCUCACCCAUUGGCGUACAACCGACACCAACGGAGCAUGACGAAGCCCCAUGUCCGCAGAUCAUCUGGUCUGCCGCAACCUCGCCCGAUCCUGAUCCGGUUACGCUUCUCGUCUCCGAACCUGUCCUACCUGAAGAAUUCAUUCCUGAAUCAAAGACGGACUCCCACCAACAAGGAGACUGGGUUCCUCAGAACAUAGACUCCAUGAAUAACACAAGCAGGAAGACUUCGGUUCAUGAGAGAGAAGACGAAAUGGAUUCUUUCUCACAAGUCCCCCCAUAUUUUCAUCGUUCACUUGCUCCGUUGCCACCCAUACACAUCGAUUUCCCCACACGACUGCAAUUGGCAGACCUCGAUGUCGAACGCUUGAACGUACGGGAAGUCAUGGCAGACCGCCUCGUCGUUUCCUCUGUUGACACAAAUUCGUUACAGGUGUGUCAGAUGACAACAUCUAACGCUACAGGUCAGCUGAUGUUCAAUAUUGGACCUGGAGUAACAAUCCCAUUUCUGGGAAAUUUGAGAGAGGUAGAGCCCGUUUCAGCUUACAGGCAGAUGUCGCAACCUCCAACAUCGGUGAUUCUUCCCGCUGAAGUUCCAUCGACUCCAGAGACACACGUAACCACAGAACGAGAAGAAAAAGAGCCAACCAUCCGAUCAUCACCCGUAGAGCUGGAGACACGGCCUUCAGCAGACAUGAUUUUACCUGAACUGCCUAUUGCAGAAACCGCUGCACCUAACUCCAGUAACCCAAGGAUUGCAGUGGCUUCUUCGAUAGCAGAGCUGGACACUGCUAACCGUACGCUCAGACAGACUGAAAACAUGGCAGAUGCUUCGUUCAGUAAUUUGGCCUUGCAACUUGUUAAUGUAUCGGCCAGGAACUUAGCAAGUGGUGUAUGCAUUGCUGCGACUGAAACCUACUCAAUGGCACAAAGAGUAGCUGAGAUAGGACUUCAGCAGUUCAAUGAUCACCUUCAACGCCGAGGAAUUCAAUUCGAUGAUAAGGAAAGAGAGGACUUGAAAGCUAUUUUACUGAUGUUACUGAUUGUUGUCUGCGCUAUUUUCCUGCUUGGAAUGGGAAAACAAAGGAUAAGUAAUCACUGGGAUUUCUAUUUCCCCAACUAAACGUUUUUAUUUGCUUUCGCUUCUCUGGUAAUGACAACUCGUGCCUUACCGAACGUGCGGGCAAUUCAGUCAAUCUGGUGCAACCAAGAAUACUGGCCCUUGCAAUAUAUUAAAUCUAUCUUAUACGCAACAUUAGAUUUGAAAUACUGUGUGAAUCUGAGUGUUGGUUUUCAUUCUAGGAAGUGUGUAUCAAUAAUAAGCUUAUGAAUACAAAUGUCAAAAGGC